GAGAAGGGGAGGGAGGAGGGCUCUGGGGGGUUUAGAGCGGUGGAAAAUUGCGGGGUGUUUUGGCUUUUCCCUCCCACUUCCAAAAAGCAAAAACAAAAACGCGAACCGAGGAGCCGUCCGCCCUCCCUUCACCUCGCCGGCUCCGAAUGAGGGGAGCUUGGAUGUCCGGUUUCCUGUGAGGCUUUUACCUGACACCCCUCGCCCUUCCCAGGCACUGGCUGGGAGAGCGACUUGCAAAGUUUGGACCGCGGAGCGCCGGACCCGCUCCCGCCGCCGCCGGCUCGCCCAGGGGGGUUACCGGGAGGAUCUCGGGGGAAAGGGACCCGGCGGGGAGCGCAGCAGUGCAGGGGCGCCCGCGCCCCCACCCGGCCCCCGCCGCGGCCCAGCCUCCCCAGCCCCCGCUCCUUCCACCAUGCACUUGCUGGGCUUCUUCUCUCUGGCGUGUUCCCUGCUCGCCGCUGCGCUGCUCCCCGGUGCGCGCGAGGCGCCCGCCGCCGCCGCCGCCUUCGAGUCCGGACUCGGCUUCUCCGACGAGGAGCCCGACGCGGGGGAGGCCAAGGCUUAUGCAGGCAAAGACCUGGAGGAGCAGUUACGGUCCGUGUCCAGCGUGGAUGAACUCAUGACAGUACUCUACCCAGAAUACUGGAAAAUGUUCAAGUGCCAGCUGAGGAAAGGAGGCUGGCAGCAUAACAAAGAGCAGCCCAGCCCCAACCCAAGGACAGAAGACAGUAUGAAAUUUGCUGCGGCCCAUUAUAAUGCUGAAAUCUUGAAAAGUAUUGAUAAUGAGUGGAGAAAGACUCAAUGCAUGCCACGUGAGGUGUGUAUAGAUGUGGGGAAGGAGUUUGGAGCAGCAACAAACACCUUCUUUAAACCUCCAUGUGUGUCCGUCUACAGAUGUGGGGGCUGCUGCAACAGUGAGGGGCUACAGUGCAUGAACACCAGUACAAGUUACCUCAGCAAGACGUUGUUUGAAAUUACAGUGCCUCUCUCUCAAGGCCCCAAACCAGUAACAAUCAGUUUUGCCAAUCACACUUCCUGCCGAUGCAUGUCUAAACUGGAUGUUUACAGACAAGUUCAUUCAAUUAUUAGACGUUCCCUGCCAGCAACAUUACCACAGUGUCAGACAACAAACAAAACUUGCCCUACAAAUUACAUCUGGAAUAAUCACAUGUGCAGAUGCCUGGCUCAGCAAGAUUUUAUUUUUUCCUCCAGUGCUGGAGAUGACUCUACAGAUGAAGUUCAUGGCAUCUGUGGCCCCAACAAGGAGCUGGAUGAAGAAACCUGUCAAUGCAUCUGUAAAGGAGGGCUUCGGCCGUCCAGCUGUGGGCCCCACAAGGAGCUAGACAGAAACUCAUGCCAGUGUGUCUGCAAAAACAAACUUUUCCCCAGCUCCUGUAGGGCCAACAGAGAAUUUGAUGAAAACACAUGCCAGUGUGUAUGUAAAAGAACCUGCCCAAGGAAUCAACCCCUGAAUCCUGGAAAAUGUACCUGUGAAUGUACAGAAAAUACACAAAAAUGUUUCUUAAAAGGAAAGAAGUUUCAUCAUCAAACAUGCAGUUGUUACAGAAGGCCCUGUCCAGACCGACUGAAGCAUUGUGAGCCAGGAUAUUCAUUUAGUGAAGAAGUAUGUCGCUGUGUUCCUUCAUACUGGAAAAGGCCACAUAUGAACUAAGAUAGUAUUAUUUUUCACUUCAUCAUUUUCUAUCUUGGAAAACUGUGUUGCCAUAUUAGAACUGUCUGUGAAGACAGAGACCUUUGGGAGACCAUCGUAACAGAUAGAAAACCUGUGUUUUCUGAACCAUGUGGAUAACUUUACAGAAAUGGACUGGAGCUCGUCUGCAAAAGACCUCUGUUAAGACUGGUUUUGGCCAAUGACCAAACAGCCGAGGUUUUUCUCUCAUGUUUAAAAAAAAUAAUAAUUAAUGACUAUAUAAUUUAUUUCCACUAAAAAUAUUGUUCCUGCAUUCAUUUUUAUAGCAAUAACAAUUGGUAAAGCUCACUGUGAUUAAUAUUUUUAUAGCAUACAAAAUAUGUCUAAAAUAAAAUGAAAAUUGUAUUAUAAGCUG